CUUCCGGUCCAGGGGCCGCAGAAACCGAAAGUGCGGCGUUUUUAGGCGCCCCACUGAGAUUGAUUCACCUUCACCUGUGCGAGCCCUAGUUGACCAGGUAGGAAACCAGACAGGCAGUAAAAUAUGAACGGAAGAGUGGAUUGUUUGGUCACUGAGGAAGAGAUCAAUCUUACCCGAGGACCCUCAGGGCUGGGCUUCAACAUCGUCGGUGGGACAGAUCAGCAGUAUGUCUCCAACGACAGUGGCAUCUACGUCAGCCGCAUCAAAGAGAAUGGGGCUGCGGCCCUGGAUGGGCGGCUCCAGGAGGGUGAUAAGAUCCUUUCGGUAAAUGGCCAAGACCUAAAGAACCUGCUGCACCAGGAUGCUGUAAACCUCUUUCGUAAUGCAGGCUACGCUGUAUCCCUAAGAGUACAGCACAGGUUACAGGUGCAAAAUGGGCCCCUAGGACAUCGAGGCGAAGGGGAGCCGAGCGGCAUUCCCAUGCCUGUGGUGCUGGUGCCACUGUUUGCCCUCACCAUGGUGGCAGCCUGGGCCUUCAUGCGAUACCGGCAACAACUUUGAACAGCUCGCUUCCUUCCAGUGCUCCUGAUGAAGAGAACGUUUCUUCCUUUCUCUCCUCCUCCUCCCCAUGCCAUUCUCCCGUCUCUUGCCCUCUCUCUGCAUAGCUCACACAUGAUUUAAAGAGACUGCUUCCCAACCAGAACCUGGCUCUUCAAAAUCUUCAAGUCCUCGUAUUCUGAUGGGAGAGUAGAGGCAUUGUUUGAAGGGAAGCUGAAGAAAGACUUGCUUAGGACAAAUGAGGAGUCAUAUGUUUUACUAGGACCGCCAAUAGAAUCAGCUACAACCAAAGAGGGAAAAGUCCAGUCUUCCCGUCACCAUGGUGAUACCUGUUUUCUUAGCUGGCUUGCCUCAAAGGCCAGCUGUGCGAUAUAAGAGGAAGAGAGGAUUUUUCUUUCUAAUGAUCUUCCUUGGGAAAUUUUUUGGCCUUUAUUUACUUUCUAAUGACAUACUUGGGUGCCUAUAUCAAACAAAAUACAAUGAGGAGACCAUUUUUACUUUUUAAAAGAUAUAUAUAUAUAUAUAUAUAUAUAUAUAUAUAUAUAUAUAUAUUUACACAUGUAUACACAUAUGUGCAUAAAUGAUAGUAUAAUAGUGAAGCCUUAUGGAGAGUUAAAGAGGUAGAAACCUGCUCUGGUUUCUAGAUUUCUGGUGGAAGGGGUGAUCUUAAUUGAGGGAGUAAGAGAGUGAGCCUGACAGGAUGCCCAGUUUGAGUCAUAAGAAAAAGGAAGGAAAACUGAAGCAACUAGUUUAAAAUCUUAGAAUUCUUAUUUCUCAUAACACUUAAGGUGAAGUUGAGGCAAAAUGCCAUAAUCCAGCUUAGCGCAAGUCAAUCUGUCGGAAAACCUUGGAGGUUUAGAGAGAAAUCUUACCAAUCUCUGGCCUACUUAGUGACUUUUUGGAUACCUCACAGCCUGCGAAAGGAUCGGCUGGAAUGAUUGUGGUCAGAGCUGUAGUGACGGGGACAGAAUGACCCAGUGAAAACCCCACAAAGGAAAAAGAUGGUGCCUCCAAGGUGGUGCCUGAAUCCCCAGACUGCCAACACGUCCCCCAGGGCUAAUAACAGGCAAACUCUGAGCGAGGGAACUGCUCUUGGCCGGGUGGGCAUGAAACCAGUUUUGCUUCUGACUCAGUUCCGUUUAGAGAGUUUGGAUUGCUAGUUUGUAAUUA